AUGAAGAUCAUGUUGAAGGUGCCUUUAAUGCCAAAUUCAAAGGCAAGAAAUCUGUUGCAAGGGAUGAUAGUAAGGCAAUCGAAGAUCAGGGGAGCAAGGGAAAAGAAGGAGUAUCAAGGAGGGGAAAAUUUCCUCCUUGCCGUUUCUGCAAAAAGACCAAUCAUGUUGAGGAAAAUUGCUAGUACAAAAACAAGCAAUUCUACCAUUGUGAUUAUUGUGAUAAAAAUGGUCAUACUGAAAAGUUUUGUCGUGCCAAGCAAAACCAAUCAUCCCAACAGCCCCCACAGCAAGCUAAUCAUGCAGAUGAUCAAAAAUAUAAAUUCAUGGCUUAUUGACAGCGGCUGCACAACCCACAUGGCUAAAAAUAUUAGUCUUUUUAGCCAGAUUGACAAUUCUAUAAGGACAAAGGUGGUCCUUGGACAUGGAGAGACGAUACUAGCUGAAGGUAAAGGUAAUGUCAUCAUGCAUACUAAGCAAGGUGAAAAGAAAAUCUCUAAUGUUUUAUUUGUUCUGAGAUUAUCUCAAAACUUGCUUAGUAUUGCUCAGUUGAUGCAUAGCAAAUUUUCUGUGAUUUUCAAAGAUGGUAUUUGUACUAUUUAUGACCCACAAGGAGUGGAGAUAGCAAGGGUCAAUAUGGUUGAUAAUGCAUUCUUUUUGAAUGGUGAGAAACUCUCCAAUCCUACAAGUUUUAGAAGUUUGGUAGGAAGUUUGCUAUAUUUGACGGCAUCCAAGCCGGAUUUAAUGUUUGCUGCAAGUAUGCUCUCAAGAUAUAUGAAUUCUCUUGAUUUUGGAAUUUGGUUUGAGUCCAUUGGUGACUUGAAAUUGAUUGGAUAUGCUGAUAGUGAUUGGGCUAGUUGUGUUGAUUAUUCUAAAAGCAGUUCUAGUUAUAUUUUUUCUCUUGGCACUGGGGUUUUCUCUUGGAACUCAAAGAAGCAGGAAGUUGUGGUUCAAUCCAUCGUUGAAGUUGAAUAUAUUUCAGCAGCAGGUGCUGCAAAUCAAGCAAUAUGGCUUCGCAAAUUGCUUAGUGAUUUAGGAUAUGAACAAAAUGAGCCUACAGAAUUGUUUUCUGAUAACAAAUCUGCUAUUGCUAUAGCCUCCAAUCCGGUACAACAUGGUAAAACAAAACACAUUAAAGUCAAGUUUCAUUUGUUGAGGGAAGCAGAGAAAGAAGGCAAGAUCAAGCUCACUCAUUGCAAUUCAGAAUUUCAGCUUGCUGACAUCAUCACAAAAGCUUUACCGUGUGGUCAAUUUGAAUUUUUACGCAACAAGUUGGGUUUGACAAAGAAAAAUCUCAAGGAGGAGUGUUGA